AUGAACCGCCGCACGAGCAGCUACUCGAAUCCCCAAUCUCCGUCCGCCCAGCGUCGCGACAGCAAUGCCUCCCACACCUUGAACCGGCGUCUGUCCGCUCUCUCCACCGCCGAAGCAGGGAAUGCAGCCGCAGCCAUAUCUCCCGCCGACCAACAACUCGCGGAGGAGAUUGCCGAGAUCAAACGAUAUGAAGACUUCACGACCAUCGACUGGGUGCAGGACGCAGCACGGGAGCAGAAGAGACGGACAGCUCGACAAGUAGCUCGAAAUUCAGCAGGUCGGAUAGGAUGGCGAGGCAAGCUCUCAGAGGCCUACGAUGCCGGACAAGGCUGGAUCGUGGUCAGCUUGAUCGGUGCCGCGAUCGGUUUGAAUGCUGCCUUCUUGAACAUCGUCACAGAAUGGCUGAGUGAUAUCAAAUUGGGAUACUGCACGACGGGAUUCUACCUGAAUGAGACGUUUUGCUGCUGGGGUGCGGAGAAUGGUUGCGACGAGUGGCACCGAUGGAGUGGAUUCUGGCCGUUGAAUUAUCUACUGUACAUCAUCUUCAGUACGAUUUUCGCAUUCACCUCCGCGAGAUUGGUCAAGAGCUUUGCACCGUAUGCGGCAGGAUCCGGUAUCAGUGAGAUCAAAUGUAUCAUCGCGGGAUUUGUGAUGAAGGGAUUUCUAGGAUUCUGGACAUUGUUGAUCAAGAGCAUCGGUCUGCCACUUGCGAUUGCCAGCGGGUUGAGUGUGGGUAAGGAGGGACCGAGUGUGCACUAUGCGGUGUGUACGGGAAAUGUCAUCAGUCGGAUGUUCUACAAGUACAGGCGAAAUGCUGCAAAGACGAGAGAGAUUUUGUCAGCUUGUGCGGCAGCAGGCGUCGCAGUGGCAUUCGGAAGUCCCAUUGGAGGAGUCCUGUUCAGUCUCGAGGAGAUGAGCAACUACUUUCCUCUCAAGACGAUGUGGCGAUCCUACUUUUGCGCUCUGGUAGCUACGGCAGUGUUAUCCGCCAUGAAUCCAUUCCGGACCGGACAGCUGGUCAUGUUCACAGUCCGCUACGAUCGAGGCUGGCACUUCUUCGAGAUACCGUUCUACGUCCUCAUCGGCACUUUCGGCGGACUCUACGGCGCCUUUGUCAUGAAAUGGAAUCUGCGAGUACAAGCUUUCCGGAAACGCUAUCUCACUGGCUAUCCCAUCAUCGAGGCGACUCUUCUCGCACUGUUCACAGCUGUGAUUUGCUACCCCAACAUGUUCCUGAGAAUCGACAUGACCGAAAGUAUGGAGAUCCUCUUCCUCGAAUGCGAAGGCGCUCACGACUACGACGGACUUUGCGAUCGACAGAAUCGCUGGCGGCUCGUCCUGGCCUUGUUCGCCUCGACCGUGAUCCGCACAUUCUUGGUCAUCAUCUCCUACGGCUGCAAAGUACCAGCCGGCAUUUUCGUCCCAUCCAUGGCCAUCGGCGCCUCCUUCGGCAGAAUGGUCGGUGUCCUAGUCCAAGCCCUCCACGAGUCGUUCCCAAACUCGGCCUACUUCGCCGCUUGCGAUCCAGAUGUCACUUGUAUUACACCUGGCACCUACGCUUUCCUCGGCGCCGGAGCAGCAUUGAGUGGAAUCAUGCACCUGACAGUAUCAGUAGUCGUCAUCAUGUUCGAGCUGACCGGCGCUCUGACAUACAUCCUGCCCACCAUGAUCACCGUCGGAAUCACCAAAGGCGUCUCCGAAAGAUUCGGCAAAGGCGGAAUCGCAGACCGCAUGAUCUGGUUCAACGGCUUCCCUUUCCUAGACGGCAAAGAAGACCACACCUUCAACGUGCCCGUCAGCACAACCAUGACACCAUUGCCGAAAGUUCUGACCGCAACAGGCCUCACCGUAUCCGCGGUAGAAAAGAUCCUCAAAGAAACCACCUACCAAGGCUUCCCCAUCGUCGAGAACGAAGACACCAACAUCCUCCUCGGCUACAUUGGCCGCACAGAAUUGCGCUACGCCCUCGAUCGCGCCAUCCGCGAACAAGGCGUCUCAGCCUCCGCUCGCUGUCUCUUCUCUUCUCACAUAAGCGAUCUUGCACCUCGCACCGCGACAACGCCAUCCGCCACCUUCCCAGCCGUCAGUUUCGAAACCGCAGCCCAUGGCACCGUCGACUUUUCCAAAUUUAUCGAUCCAGUCCCUCUCACCGUCCACCCUCGCCUCCCUCUCGAGACGGUAAUGGAACUCUUCAAGAAACUCGGACCGCGGGUCAUCCUCGUCGAACAUCGCGGGAAACUCACCGGGUUGGUGACGGUCAAAGACUGUUUAAAGUACCAAUUCCAAGCCGAAGCGAAAGAAGAUCCAAGGGAAGAAGAAGGGCAGCAGAUUCGCCAGGAGAAAAUUUGGGCUGUGAUGAGGAGAGUUGCGUACUGGGCUGGGGAGAAAGUGGGCUGGAAAGGUGGGAUUGUGGGGAUGGGGAGGUUGAGGUUGAGUGGGGAGUAUGCUGCUGUUUCGACGGCGACGAUAGGUGGAGAGAACGAGAGGGCUGAGGGAUUGGAUGAGGAAGGAAGAGGGCCGGCAGCGGGAGGGGUGGAGUUGUUGGAUCGGAGGGAGGCGAUUUCGUAG